AUGAACCGGCAGCUAGUGAACAUUUUGACAGCCUUGUUUGCAUUUUUCUUAGAGACAAACCACUUCAGGGCAGCUUUCUGCAAAGACCAUGACUCCAGGUCUGGAAAACAACCUUCGCAGACCCUAUCUCCUUCAGAUUUCUUGGACAAAUUAAUGGGAAGGACAUCAGGAUAUGACGCAAGAAUCAGGCCAAAUUUUAAAGGGCCUCCUGUAAAUGUUACCUGCAACAUAUUUAUCAACAGCUUUGGGUCAAUAGCAGAAACUACAAUGGACUACCGAGUGAAUAUUUUUCUGAGACAACAGUGGAAUGAUUCACGGCUGGCUUAUAGCGAGUACCCUGAUGAUUCUCUGGACUUGGACCCAUCGAUGCUGGACUCCAUUUGGAAACCAGAUUUGUUCUUUGCCAAUGAGAAGGGGGCCAACUUCCAUGAUGUCACCACCGACAACAAGUUGCUUCGCAUUUCAAAAAAUGGCAAAGUGCUCUACAGUAUCAGGCUCACCUUGACCUUAUCCUGUCCCAUGGACUUGAAGAAUUUUCCAAUGGAUGUCCAGACGUGUACAAUGCAGCUGGAGAGUUUUGGGUACACGAUGAAUGACCUGAUAUUUGAGUGGUUAAGUGAUGGUCCAGUUCAAGUUGCUGAAGGAUUGACACUGCCUCAGUUCAUUCUGAAAGAAGAGAAGGAGCUCGGCUACUGCACAAAGCACUACAACACUGGAAAGUUUACCUGCAUCGAGGUUAAGUUUCACCUGGAACGCCAGAUGGGAUAUUACUUGAUCCAGAUGUAUAUACCCAGUCUGUUGAUAGUCAUUUUGUCCUGGGUCUCUUUUUGGAUAAACAUGGAUGCAGCCCCUGCCAGAGUUGCACUGGGCAUCACGACAGUCUUAACGAUGACCACCCAGAGUUCAGGCUCCAGGGCAUCUCUGCCAAAGGUCUCCUACGUAAAAGCGAUUGACAUCUGGAUGGCAGUGUGCCUUCUGUUUGUGUUUGCAGCCUUACUGGAAUAUGCAGCAGUGAACUUUGUCUCCAGGCAGCACAAGGAGUUUCUGCGGCUCCGGAGAAGGCAGAAGAGGCAGAAUAAGGAAGAAGAUGUUACUCGUGAAAGUCGUUUUAAUUUCAGUGGUUACGGGAUGGGUCACUGCCUUCAAGUGAAGGAUGGAACGGCUGUCAAGGCCACACCUGCCAGCCAGCUCCCACAGCCCCCCAAAGAUGCAGAUGCCAUCAAGAAGAAGUUUGUAGACCGGGCAAAAAGGAUUGACACGAUUUCUCGAGCUGCCUUCCCAUUGGCCUUCCUCAUUUUCAACGUCUUUUACUGGAUCACAUACAAGAUCAUUCGGCAUGAAGAUGUCCACAAGAAAUAG